UGGUUUUUUUUUUCAAAUUUAAAUUUACACUUUCUAUUAAAUUUCCCCCAAUUUUUGAUACUUACAGAAUUUGUAUGUAAUUGGAUAUGCAAAAUUCAUUUUUCAUCAUUAAAGUUUGAAACUUGGUGAUGGGCUUCUUGUAAUUGGAAUCUAGGAGUACUUUUGUGUUGUAUGUAUGUAUAUUUUGUAUGUAUGUAUAUGUGUAAGUAGUUAAAUAUAGGGAUGGGUUUAGGAAGUGGGCUUUCAAUGGAUGAAAGUAAUGAGUUGACUUCACCACAAGAAUUUGGAGAAAAGGAAAUUAUUAAGUUAAAAAGUAAUGGAGAAUCAUUUGAAGAUGUUAAUAACUUGAUUACUAAGCGGAACGGAUUGAAAAAAUGGCGGCGGAUAACUAGGAAACUUGUUAAAAAAGAAACGAGAAACUUUAAUGGUGUGGUGAAUGUUAAUGGUGACUAUGGAUUGGGUGAUCAGUCUGGUUAUGCUACCAGGGCGGGUUCGGUGGAUAGUGAGGACCAAAGUAGUAGGUCUUCGACUUCAACUAGUGCUCCAAGGAUGAAACAUGAUGAUCAGAUUAGGAAUGGUCGACUUGAACCUGGGAAGAAGGCUCGUGGGUUUGUGGUUAAGAAGGAAAAUGCGAAUUCUGAAACGGGAUCUGACUCUAGAAGCUCAAACUUUGUGUUUGUGCAGGGUUGUAACACUUUCGUAACAAGCCAAGGUAGACAGAGUGGUAGCGGAGUUGUGAAUUACGAUGAGGAGUACAGUGAUGAUAAUCGUUUGAGUGAUGCUGAUUUUGAUCAUGUUUUACCAAAAGAUGUUGCCGCUGAGAAAUUUUGGAAGGUUAAGGAAGAAAGCACGGGGAAACAUGAGGAUGAUCUUAUGGAAUCAUUCAAAGGACUUGAUUUUGCCCACAAGGAAUUCGAGAAAGAAGUGCAAAAAUGGAAGGAUAUUGGCAAAGAUGAUCCAUCUAUCUUCGAUGACUCGAUUGAGGAUAUGCUUGAGCUAAAGGAUGCCAAGAUAUUGGAACUGGAAUCUGCCUUGAUAUCUGGAGACGCCGAGCUUCAGGAUCUUCUGAAGAAAAUAAUUCAAGCUGAGGUGGAAUAUGUAGUAAUAACUACAACAACUAAAAGAUUGACUGAAGAACCGUUGUGUGAAAUUAAACAUAACUUGCAACGAAAUUACAUAUCAUCACAAGAAAUGCAAACCACCAAGAAGCAAGGCGAGAAGUUGGAGACCACAGAAGAUGUAAAGAAACUGCACAAUAGGGUGUGUAGACUUACGUUAGGUGCCAUUAUCCAGUUGAUGCUAUUACUUGUAACUCUUUUUUACCUGAAAUUUUCGCCGAAAAGUGUAGAGGUUGUACCCACUUAAGUUAGUCAAGUAUUCCGUUGUAAAUUCAACUACUACUCUGUGUUUUUUUUUUUUUUUGGGAUUAGGGGUUCAUUUUAUUGAAUCAGUUUUUGUCUGUUUAUUUAACUUACUUUGUGAUUAUAAUAGUCAAGUUGUACUGUUGUAGUAUAAA